AUGAACUCCUCAGCUUCUGCACAAGACGCUCCUAUGACUUCACAGACAGUCGACGGAAUCGACACCAAAACAGCUUUACUUCACGGUGGUUAUCACGCAUUGGCAUUCGGAACAGACUAUGCACGCCUCCAUUUCGAGAACCAUACACGCCCCCAUUCAUUCGAAAAUGCACCCGUCGACUACGACGGCUCUACCCAUUAUUUCUUUAUCCAGAGUAAUGCACUCGGUUAUCCUCACUUCCCUGUCUUUCUCGAUUUUUAUCGCCGUCCUGCUGCACCGACGGUCAUCAUUCAGAAAUACUGGCAGCCUACCACCGAGACAGAUCGUGAAAGGUUCGUCAAGGACGACGAAGUCAAGCUGGAGGAUACCAUAUUUCUGCGUCACGAGGGAGUCGAAGGGGCUCUGGGGGUGACCGUCGAAGAAGCAGUGCAUGGUGAAGGAACACACUUGAAGGGAUGGAAGGAGACAGCGAAUCUUGGAGACAAAGCGUCCGCUCAGAUUCGAUUAUGGUUUCCUGAGUGCAAGCCAUGGAGACGUCAAGUGCAGACUAGAGACCAGACGUCCUCAAAGAACCCCAUCCUACUCAAAGGGUUCGUUCAACACAUUGGACGAUCUAUUGAGGCAUACUUCGAAAAGAAUCCAGCCCUUCGCUCAUUCUCAGGAGAACCGCUCACGUCCAAGGAGCUCAUCAUUCUCGGCGCGGUUCAUGUUUCGGCAGGGAGCUGGCAGCCCAUCUUGGCGUACGAUAUGCGCAAAAUUAUCGAGGGAGGUUUUUGA